UGCUGACGUUUGGCUAUCGAUUGGCCAGCCUGGAGACGACUGCAAACCCGUUGACAGCAAUGCAUUCGAGGCGAUGGACUUAGCAGGGCUGCUCAGAGCGGUAUAUGAUUCCUAAUAUAGGCUACGAGCGGAAGGGUAUCACACAGCAGCCUAGCCUAUGCACUGUCCUUCUCUUUCAUUGACUAUAGCUUUAAACGUUAAGUUUGAUCUGAUUUGAAUAUCGAUUGGAUCAAAUGAGCAGUCGCAGUGUAAUAAGAAGGAAUGCUCAAUCGAAGCCUGCAACGGCCCGCUCGGUUCUCGCCCUGUAGCUCCCGAUGCCUGCUGCGCUACACUAUGUAGACAGCAGUGCCUCCUCCUUUAGUUUUUGCAAAUGAAAAUGGAGGAGAUGUCACUGUCCGGCCUGGACAACAGCAAGAUGGAGGGUAUCGCCCAGGAUAUUCUGACAGAUCUGGUUGAGGACGCGUGCCUGGGCUUGUGUUUCGAGGUGCACCGCGCUGUCAAACAGGGCUACUUCUUCCUGGACGACACGGACCAGGAGAGCAUGAAGGAGUACGAAAUCGUGGACCAGCCAGGGGUGGACAUCUUUGGCCAGGUGUACAACCAGUGGAAGAACAAGGAGUGUGUGUGUCCCAACUGUAGCCGCAGCAUCGCGGCGUCGCGCUUCGCACCACACCUGGAGAAGUGCCUGGGCAUGGGCAGGAACAGUAGCCGCAUCGCUAACCGCAGAAUUGCCAGUGGCAACAACACCAACAACAAGUCGGAGAGCGACCAGGAGGACAAUGACGAUGCCAACGAUAACGACUGGUCCUACGGCGCAGAAAAGAAAGCCAAGAAGAGAAAGUCAGAUAAGGUAUUUUUACAUUCUUUGAAACAACCUGUAGCAUUGAAUCCAAACUCCCCAAGAAGAUCCAAAUCUCUCAAGCAUAAAAACGCUUUGCUGGGCCCUAAACGUCGUGUGGAGAAUCAGGAAAGCCCAUGUGUGUUGCUAAGAGACGAGGCGUUUCCACAGUGACCAAGUGAAGCAGGAGACCAUCAGACACCACCCACACAUCACUACAACGAUCUCUCCAUAAACAACAGGAAAACGAGAAAAGAAAAAAUGAAUCGCACAUCACACGGUCAACAUCUCACCACUUCAGAAGAGGAGGAGGAGGAGAAAGAGAUGGAGGAGAAGGAAGAGGAAGGAUCUGUUCUUCUGUUUACACAAGUGUUCAACAACAAAAAAACUUUUUGCUCGAAAAUAACGUUUGUGUCUCUGCUGUUGCUGUUUAUUUUUCCCGACAUAUUUGCACAAGGAAAUGAGAAGGUGUUGGACAGAACAAACAUCGUCGCUAAUACUUGUUGACCUGUUGCUGCAUGGGCCGCCCUCCUGUAACCCCACUCACCCUGACCACACAGCUGAUGACUCUUAAACGACGGCGCUUCUGGUCUGGCCUGGGUACGGUCCUCACCGGGCAGGCUCGUUCCACCACGGCCGGGGUGUGGUGCGGUGCGGUGGAGGGUAUAUCUGGUGGCGUUGGGGAAAGCGCACAAUGUGUAAGCACUCAGGGGAGAUGGCAGGAACAGCUGAGCUGUGUGUGACAGUCGUUACUGUGGCAGUCAGAAGCAGCCGAGCUCAGAGCUGCAAACUCAUUGAUUUGCCUCCUGCCGCUCUGAUAUGCAUAUGCAUCUAUCUUACUGAAUAAGAAACAAAAAGAGAAACGAUUUUAACUCUCAGUUCACAUUAGGUGUUUUUUUUUUUGUGUGUCUCAAAUGAUGGCAGAACAUAAGUUGGUCUGUGAUUGUUUUACUCUUUUUUUUUUCUCUCUCUUUUCUUUUUGGUCUAUCUGUUUUCACGUGUUCAGUGUUGUCCUUUACAGUUAGUCCAUAAUGUAGUAGUCGAAUUACACACAGGCAGCGGGGAGGCUUUUAAAUCACGUUGUGGAACUGGACAAAACACAUUGAGAUGUCUGGCAUCACUCAAAAGGCAUCACUCAAAAGGACUUCCUCUGUCUCAAGAUUGUCGUGCCACUGGCAUUGCCUUGGGGACGGACUAUAUUCUUUUAAAUAUGAAUCAAGUGUUGUUUUUUUUGUUCUUUCUCUUGCUCUCUUUCUCUCGGAUCUCUUUCGUUCCAUUUAUUAGCUGUUUACAUUGUAAGGAAUCAUUUCUAUCUUCACUGUGUUGUAACUGUGUAUAUUUGAUGGUAAAAAUGCUGCUACACUGGCCAUGAGUCUUCAACUUGUGGACAUCCUCACCCACACAUAAUAAACCACCUGAACUCAAAACCUCAA